UCAUCAACCUCGAGUGCGAACACAACCCCUAAAGGCCAACUCCACGUAAAACUGAUUCAAGCACGAGGAUUAACGGUUUCUUCCAUUCACUCACGCCCUUACGUCGUUGUGCAAUUCGAGCAAUCCGAGUUCGUCUCGAGAGAACCGAUCGAGAGUGAGAGUGAAAAGGAAGUGAAGGGGAAAGCGGGACCGUUAUCGAGGACGAGUAGCGGUAUAGGAUUUGGACUGGGUGCGACUGGUAGUGGGGGAGCAGGUAUGAUCACUAAAGCGUUUGAAGCUGCUGCGAGGGCUAGGGCGGCGCUUGGGAGUAGUACGUCGAGUAAGGAAGGUGGGGAUGGAAUCGUGUGGUUUGGAUCUGGAUCUGGGUCUGGAUCUGGAUCUGGACAUGGAUCUGGACAUGGGUCAGGGACGCCGACUGCAACUGGAUCUGGAGCGAAGACGCCAAAGCCGUUGUUUGGAAGUAUGUCACCGCAUAAUCCAGUUUGGAAGCAUGAGGUUUCUUUCGAUGUGACGUCUGACCAGUCAUUGAUCACGCUGUCGAUAUACGAUCGCGAAGUGGUUGGAGAACGGUUCAUUGGAGAGGUCAAGGUAAAACCUGUGUUAGUGCACGAUCAUACGGUUGAUCAAUGGCGCAAGCUACACCCUCGAGAGCAGAAUGAAAUCGUCACUGGAGAGAUCCGUCUCCAAAUCACCUAUGAGCAGUUCAAGAAUAAGCGUGCUCUCACUCCUCGCGACUUUGAGUUUAUGAAACUCAUCGGUCGAGGAACGUUUGGAAGGGUGUACCAAGUUCGUAAAAAAGAUACAAGACGGAUCUACGCGAUGAAAGUCCUCUCCAAAAAGGAGAUCGUGGAUAAGAAAGAGGUCGCGCAUACCAUCGGGGAGAGGAAGAUCUUGCAGAGGUCCUUGGAAUGCCCUUUCCUCGUUGGGUUGAAGUUCAGUUUCCAGACGGAAACGCAUCUUUAUCUUGUCACGGAUUUCAAGAGUGGAGGAGAGCUGUUCUGGCAUUUGCAGAGGGAGACCAAGUUCUCUGAAGAAAGAGCUCGGUUUUACAUCGCUGAGCUUGUUCUGGCGCUUGAGCAUCUGCACAAGUACGAUAUUGUCUACCGGGAUUUGAAACCGGAGAACAUCCUCCUCGAUGCAACGGGUCAUGUAGCCCUAUGCGAUUUCGGUCUCUCCAAACCGGACUUACCGGCUGACCAACUCACGAACACGUUCUGCGGAACGACGGAAUACCUAGCGCCCGAAGUCCUAUUGGACGAUCAUGGGUAUUCGAAACUGGUCGAUUUUUGGUCGUUGGGCGUGUUGUUGUUCGAGAUGUGUUGUGGGUGGAGUCCGUUUUAUGCGGAGGAUACGCAGCAGAUGUAUAAGAACAUUUGUUUUGGGAAGAUCAAAUUCCCGAGGGGGGUCAUUGGAGAUGAUGGGAAGCAGUUCGUCAAGGGGUUGCUCAAUCGAAACCCCAAGCAUCGCCUCGGAGCCAAUAGGGAUACGGCAGAACUGAAAGAACACCCGUUCUUCAAGUCCAUUGACUGGGCUGCUCUUGCCGCUAAGAAAGUGACGCCACCGUUUAAACCCGUGGUGGAGUCGGACGAAUCGACGGCGAACUUUGAUCCCGAGUUUACGUCGGCUGAUUUGAGAGAGUCGGGCAUGGAUAUUUUCGAUGAUGACGAUGAAGAUGAUUCAUGGGACGUUAUCGGGACCAUGGGUGUCCAUGGGACUGGGUUCCCCAAAGGCGUCACCGUCAAUCAGUUACAACUUUUGCAACAGCAGCAGCAGCAGCAGCAGCAAGGACAACGACCUGCGGUAGGAAUCAAGGCGGCAGAGAAGAGUCGUGUGCCGAAUAAUACGCCGUUGUCGAGUAGCGUUCAGGAGCAUUUCAGAGGGUUUACGUACCAGGGGGAGUCGAAUUUGGAGGUGGUCUUUGGGGACGGUGAGGGUGAAGGGGGUGGAUCGGGGUCGGGGUCGGGGUCGGGGUCAGGUUCGGGAGAGGAUGAGAUCGAUCUGGUUGACCUAAGAGGUGGGAUCGGGGGGAGAAGCGGGGGGUUGGAUGAUGAUUGGGAGGAUGAGGAACCUGGUGGGCGGUACAGGAAUCGGCAGCGUAGUUUCGAAUGA